GAAAAUAUGAAUUUCAAUAACCCAUUAGGCUGAACAUAUCUUCAAGACCAUGAGUACGCAAGCUGCUGGAACCGACGGCGAGCUUAGUGCACUUCAGGACUUACUCUCACAAUCGCAAGGAGUGUUCGAGGCCCCAGAGAAUGCCGCCUAUCUCACCGAAUUGCCAUCUCUUCCACUGUCUGAUCUUCUGGCAACACCGGCUUCGUUAACGACUCAGUCACAUACGAUCACGUCGUCAUUGACAGCUCUGACGCAUACGUCGUACCCGACAUUCUUGUCGCUACAUAAAAGCUCAACGUCCUUGCUUGGCUCUCUCUCUUCUCUCGAUUCAUCACUCAACGCCCUCCUUGACACUGCUUUGCCCGCUCUAGAUGAUGCCGCACGCGUCUUUCGCGAGAAGAGCGGGCCAAGUGUUAUCGAAGAACGACAAAAAACCAGGGUAGUGCUAGAGCAGCAGGAUAAACUUCAUGAUUUACUCGAUAUACCAAUUCUUAUCGACACUUGCGUCCGGAACGGCCUCUACUCUGAAGCAUUUACGCUAGCCACUCACGCAACAACUGUACUGGCGGCGCUAUGCACUCUACAAUCUAAAGAGGGGGACUCUACAUCGUCCUCACUGCAAUUAGCGCGAUCCCUGCAGGACGAGGUAGCUUUCUCGCUCCGCUCUAUGCGGCUCCUCCUCCUCGACACUUUAUUCGAGCCACCGAAGAAGUUACCUGCUUUGUGGAAAGCUGUACAGUUUCUUCGCAGAAUGCAGGCCAUGCCGGAAGACGAGCUCGCUUUGACAUUUGCGAGUGCACGCAUCGAAUGCCUUCGAAGUGCAUUACAGAAUUUAGAGAGAGAUGCCGGUGUAUCCGGUGCCGCCACUUUUGACGUUAAUGACAAUAUCACGGGGCCAACCGCUGAAGAUAGGGAGAAACAACUGGAUAGACAAGCCGACGACGUCUCUCGUUUCCUCAAGAAAUAUAUUGAUGCUUGGAGGGAGGGGGCGUAUGAUAUUAUCACUCAGUAUACCACGAUCUUCCUAGAACGAUCACACGUUGGUGGUCCCUCUCACUCAUCUUCGACUGCACAGCCCAAUCCAGUAAUUAAGCAAACGUUGCUGCCCACACUGUUGUCCCUACUACUUCCACCUCUCCGAACACACCUUCGGUGGGCAUAUCCUCACCUUGCCCCGCUUUCCACGCAACUAGCGUAUUGCAGCUCGGCAAUGGCGCGAGUCGGAAUGGAUUUUCGGGCGCUGCUUUCUCGACUCCUUACCCAAGCGGUAGUAGAUGGUUUCACACGUGACCUACGAAUAGGUGCUAACCGCGAAUGGAGCCUCACACUCUCCAAGUACACAUCCGGCAAAAACAAGUCAGCAGCACCAAGCACUUGGCUGGUCUCAGCGGUUCAACCUCUCCCUUCUCUUUCGACUUUGGUCACACAAUCGUCUGCUCCUGCCCAUAUACCGCCAGAGAUAUUGACAUCCUUCCCGCCGUUAGCAGUCAGCCUGAAUACAUACUUGCGGUCACUAAAUAGGUUGCGUUUAUUCGUGCCUGUUAAUGCGGUGAAUGGCGUUAUCAAUGCACUAGAGUCUAGUCUAUCAAAGGCAGGGCAAGAACUGUUUACGUAUGCUGUGGAGUGCGGAGCGAGUGGCAAGGAGUUGGAUAUAUUACGCGCUGGGGGAGCUGCGUAUGCACGAGUCAUGGCUCCCUUCCUCAGGCGUGCGGUGGUCGAGGGCGUGUUCGGAGCCCCACGUUCCUCCCAAGGAGACGGCGACGAAAGGAUGCAGACUGAGAGCGGAACUAAGGACCACGACGCACUGGAAAUCGUACUUCAGAAGUGGGAGAAGUGGUUAGGGGAUGGAACAUGAGGUAUGCUUGAGACUUGGGAAGUGCUUUGCUCCCUUCAUUGUUACUAUCGUCCUCAUGACCCAUAUUCUGGUCACUUCUUGUCCACAACAUAACGGUCACUACCAUUUUAUGUAAUACCCCAUAAUCCCACGGCCGUAGAAGGG